AUGUUGCUGGUUUCAGAUCAUGUUUCAGGAAACAACGGCAGUGUCUCGUCAGAAACUCUACGCUCCAUGGUCCUGAGGAGGCCUGAGAGGGGAGCUGCGGGAGGACUGGUCCUGAUGGUCCUGAUGGUUCUGCUGGUACUGCUGGACACUGCACAUGGCCUGCGGACUCAGACGGUCUCUGAGGGGGCGGAGGUGCUGCUGCAGUGGGACGCAGGCUCCAGGCUCAGGUCGCUCCACAUCAGCUGCCACUUCAGUCCAGGUCCAGGUCCAGGUGGUCUCAGUCCGGGUCACAGCCUGGGACCCCCGCGGUUGGUGCUGGAGGUGCAGAGGGGCGAGCAGAGGACCUCGCAGCAGGACCCUCAGUUCUGGGGCCGGGUCAGCUGCUCCCAGGGGCCUCAAGGGGAGGUCACUGUGCACUUGACCCGGGUCACCCUCAGGGACUCAGGCUCCUACACCUGCGACUCUGCCACACGGACUGGCUCCUUUAAGACCGAGGACUUUGAACUCCGUGUGGAUGGACCUGACUCUGACGCAGAGCCACAUGGUCCUGAGCAGACGGAGGACACAUGGUCUCCACAGAGGACCAGGAUGAUCCCUGUUGUGGUCGUCUGCCUCGUGGGUCUCGCCGUCGUCGCUUUGAUCUCUGUCAUAAAGUUCAACGAUCAGAAACUACUGAGGAAACUCACGGACCAUGUGGAGGACCAUGUGGAUUCACGACGAGGGUCCCCAGUUCUCCAUAAAACAGUUAGAGACGAGGGUCCCCAGUUCUCCAUAAAACAGUUAGUUUCAAUGUAA